AUGACAAAAUGUUAUGUCGUCUUCGCUGGUAGGCAGACUGGGAUCUUCACAGAAUGGGAGGAUUGUCAUGCAUCCAUAAACGGCUUCAGCGGAAACCUUUACAAGUCCUACCCAACGCGUAAACAGGCAGACGAAGCUUUCGCUAGAUAUAAGAAUAGACCAGUUGUUGUUGCACGUGGUCGUCCUGAUGAAAACAUUUCACCUUCCACCCACUCCUCGCAAUCUUCGCGUGCAUCAUCUUCAACGUCCUGGACAUCAUCUCCAGCACCCUGCUCCUCCUCCCCUACUGCGGCCAAGGCCCUAAAUAAAGUGAUCAGUCCCAUACAUGCAAAGUCAAAAGUAAUGGAGGUUGUUGCACCCUCCACCACCAAGCCUCCGGAUCAAGUGACUGUGGGCAAAUCUCAGCAAGAUGCCAUGGAAAGCACAGAAGGAGAGUCCUCAAUAUCGAUAGGCCCUAUAUCACUGAAGGAUGUUAUUACGAAGUGGAAGAUCGAUUGA